AUGGCAGCCAGCAACCAGCAGCAAGCGAGAAAGGGAAGCAAGAGGAUGACAAGACGAGAGAUUGACCAGCCCGUCCUGCUGGUCCCAGUUCCUAUUUUUUGCGCGCCUGCGCCUGCGGUUCUGCGUCUGCGAGACCCUGUCUGUCCACUUCUCACCCAAGUUCAAUCUAACGUACGUGUGCAGGUGCCCGCCAAAGGAAGCAGCACCAGUAGAGCAACAGGCAGAAGACCAGACGGAUUGGUUCGGAUUGGCUACCCAACCUGCAGAAGCGGAUGCCGCCCUGGGUCUGGGUCUGGGUUCCCUGGAGGGGCUGUCUUGGGGCUGUGCACAAGUCAACCCAGGUCGCCGUACGGAUACUGCUCGCGAGCUGGAUUCGCUGAUGGCUUGGUGCUAGGGUGGUGCCGAUGGCUGCUUCGAUGGAGGCUGUCUUUCUGUCCGUCAAGUCCUGGCGUGCAGCGCUAUUCCAAUCUCGACCAGCAGUGGCAGGCCAAACACGAAUAG